GCAUCUCUCCUUCUCACUGCACCAGGGCUGAGGGACUAUUCGUCCCCUCACUUCCCUCGCUGCAGAUUUAACUCAUUUCCAUCAGCGCAGUCAUCUUUUUUUUCCACGCUUUUUUUUUUUAUUAUUAUUUUUUUACACUUACUUACCGCUUCUUACCGAUGCAUUGCUUUCAUCUCUUUCUGUGCGGUCUGGAUCCAAGGAUUUAUUUAUUAAAAAAGCACUGGUUAUCCUGUUUAACGGAAUGAGAGGGGGGGACGGCUACAGAGGACAGUGCUGGAAACUGGGACUCUGACUCGGACUUGGUCUUUUCUUUAUGCUGCUAGAGUGGAUUUCCCUUUUUGUUACGCCGCCAGUGUUUUGUUAAAAGCGACAGAUGUACUAAGAGAGGAGUUAAAAGCAAGGCUGUAGGACGCUGGACCUUUUUUUUUUUUUUUUUUUUUACAAUUAAAGAGAAUGCACACUUGAGAAGACGUACAAGUGAGGAACAUAGUUACGCACUUGAGGAGACGGUGAUAAGCCUCCCCCCCACCACCAGUGUAUCAGAUUGCUACAUCAAAAAUGCAAGAAACAAGUUUACGGGAUAAACGAGUGGAUUGCCCAUUGAUCCCCACACCCCUCUCUGCAACUGUCUGCUACAGGAUUGCUGAGGAGUCGAAGUGAGUGGAGCGCUGUGUUAUUCAGCUGGCCUCACAUUGCUCCUGGAGAGUCCUUUCACCUGCCUGUACCGGAGCCAACACUUUCAUCAGCUGCUGGACUUUCAUGUUCAUCUAUAUUUUUGCGUCUUGCUGCUGAGAGUAUCGGGGAGCGAGUUUGCACAUUUGGCUUAAAAACUAUAAAUGACAGAACUUAUCCAGACGAAUGGAAACACUUUGUUUUUACCUCAUUCUAGGCCUAGGGAUGCCUUGUAAACACAUCCCACCCCCAGCACCAUGUGUGCUGAGAGAGCUGUGACACUAUCUCCUGCGGAGAUCCCCAUGUUGUUCUAGUCUGUGUCUGUGUUUUGAUUCAGACAAUAGCUGGGCAUACAUGGGCUCCAGACACUGAGCAGGGGACCUCCAAAAUAAGGGAAGCCUGCUGUUCGACUGUAAACACACUUGUACCCAUGGCACACUGAAACUUUGAUUGUAUGACUGAAUGGACUCACAGGAAAGGAUAUUAUAUUCCUCUCUACACUUUACCAUAUACCAACAUAGUAUUCUAAGAAGAAUCAUGUGUCCAUAGGAACAUUUUUGCCUGAAAGACAUUUUUUGGAAGGUAACUGCACCCAGUAAAUUACAUCGGAUCUCUACGUGUGAAAUAGGAGCCAUAUGCUACCCCCCCCUUUUCAGAGGAUCUAUAAAGACAGGAGAGAAGUAUGUUUUGCUUCAAGUUUUAAACCCAUUGCAUGGUUUCCUGCUUAGUGUGUUCUCUACCCUUGUGAGGACAUCGAGUGCCCUCAGCCUCCUGGUGGCGACCCUCAUUAGAAUCAGGAGAUGAGGCAACAGACCGGCAGACAAAACAGCAGGGAAAAUUGCCUCUGGGAUAGAUGCUGGCCACAGUAUUAACGCUGAAGGAGUACAGCUUUUUUUUUUUUUUUCCUACUCCUGACUGCCACCCACCCACUACUUUCACUAACCAUGAGUGAUUGGAAAAGGAGAGCUGAACGGGCUGUCCUAUCCUCCCAGAUGCUGUAUUGAUUUUCCUCCAGUCGGUGUUCAUUUGAUUGAGACCCAGCUAUGUGAAAGGAAGGUGAAAGAGAGAGAGAGAGAGAGAGAGAGCGAGUAGUGAGCCGCAGACGCCCAGUAAAGAGGGGGGAAGGAAGGAGCAGGCACUUCUCCAAUUUGACACCAGCUGCCUCAGCUGCCUUAUGGGUGGCACACCGCAAACCUGACCCACCUGGAUCACAUCCAGAACAAUGAACCAGUCUGAAGUGACAACGGACCCGGUGCUCAUUGCCAACAGCAGCCAUGGAGACUUCUUUCCUGGCCGGUCCACAAACCACUCUUGUCCCUUGGGCUGGGGGCUCAACGAAGGCCUGGAGGCUUGCAUCCUGGAGACUGCCGUCAUUGUACUUUUGACUGUGCUCAUUAUCGCCGGAAACCUCACGGUGAUAUUUGUGUUUCACUGUGCCCCUCUGCUGCACCAUUACACCACCAGUUACUUCAUCCAGACCAUGGCCUACGCUGACCUCCUGGUGGGACUCAGCUGCCUGGUGCCCACCCUGUCUCUGCUCCACUACCCUGCCGGAGUCCAGGAGCCCAUCACGUGUCAAGUCUUCAGCUACGUCAUCUCUGUCCUCAAGAGCGUUUCUAUGGCCUGCUUGGCUUGUAUCAGCGUGGACAGAUACCUAGCCAUAACUAAACCCUUAUCCUACAACCAGCUGGUGACGCCAUGCAGGCUGCGAGGUUGCAUCGCCCUCAUCUGGGUCUACUCCAGCCUCGUCUUCUUGCCCUCCUUCUUUGGGUGGGGUAAGCCGGGCUACCACGGGGACAUCUUCGAGUGGUGUGCUCACUCAUGGCCCACCUCCGCUCUCUUCACGGGCUUCGUAGUGUGCUUGCUCUACGCACCCGCUGCACUCGUGGUGUGUUUUACCUACUAUCACAUCUUUCGCAUUUGCCAGCAGCAUAACCGAGAGAUCAGCGAACGACGGGCGCGUUUCCCCAGCCAGGAAAUGGAAACCGGUGAGGGUGGCGGCGGCGGUGGUGGUGGUGGAGGGCAUCAUGGAGGACACGGGCCGGAUCGACGCUAUGCGAUGGUGCUCUUCCGCAUCACCAGUGUUUUCUAUAUGCUCUGGUUACCUUACAUCAUCUACUUUCUCCUAGAGAGCUCCCAUGUGCUCGAUAGCCCUGCCCUUUCCUUCAUCACCACUUGGCUGGCCAUCAGCAACAGCUUUUGCAACUGUGUCAUCUACAGUCUGUCUAAUAGUGUAUUCCGCCUGGGCAUGCGGAGGCUCUCACAGACGAUUUGCUCCUUCAGCCACUGUGCAGCUGAUGACAGAGAUUUUGGGGAGCCUAAACCGAGACGGAGGGCUAACUCUUGCUCCAUCUGAGGGGGAUCGGAUUAGGAUACCAGUGUGUGAAGCAAAAACGUGAAUCUCUUUCAGGCUUACCAGGUGGUUAAGUUUCAGUUAAAUUGGCAGCGUCGAUCUGCGCUGGUUUUCUGGAUCACAGUAAACCACGGUUUAUUGCAUUACAGACUUGUCAAACAUCUCAAGGAAAUGGAUGUAGUGGCUAAGAUUUAAUGAGGUACUCUGUGGUGGCUUUUAAUCUGUGCUUUAGGACUCAGCUGUGGAUCUCAUAGAAAGCCCCCCCUGUGGCUUUUGUAAGGAUCAGGAGUUUUACCGUACAUCAUCAGCCUGGUCAAAUCUAGUCUGCAGAUGAAGCUCAAAAGAUCAACUUUAUUCCUGUAGACCACACUAUGUAAUGCCUGUUUAAUUUUUGUUAGUGGUUAUGAAUUGAGUCAACCUGUCACUGGAUGUCUGCCUACUUUCAGUGACUGUCUUUACCAGGGACAAAAUAAGCUACACCAACCUGUGUUCACAAACCUGUUUAUAGGUUGUAAAUGGAGAUUAGGUUCUUAAAUUAUACAUAGAAAACACACCUGACAACAGCCAUUAUGCUGCUGUUUAGUCACCAGUAGUAUAUGGCCUUGACUAUUUUCUGCAGGAAAACAAAGUGAGUGUUUUAUGUUGAAACAUGAUCUGAGAUCUGAUAUGUGGGAGUGAUAAUGGGUCAGCGAUUGGCCAAUCAGACACUGAUCUGAAAGUUUACUCCGACC